AUGGAAGCGGUAGAAAAUAUAAAGAAAAACGAUUGGACAGCCAGUAGUAAAAAUAAGUUGUUUCAAUUUCGAAUUGAACUUUGUACUUUGGGAAACAUUUUACUUCGUGGCUCCAGGCUUGUCAUACCAAAAUCACUACGAUCUAGGGUACUGGAACUGGGUCACGAAGGCCAUCCAGGAGAGACAGCAAUGAAGCGGAGACUGCGGUUAAAGGUCUGGUGGCCAUUAAUGGACAGUGAAGUGGAAUCAUUUGUGAAACUUUGUCGCGAUUGCCUUUUAGUUUCAAGACCGACUCCACCUGUGCCAAUGCAGCGACAUGCUUUUAAGGACGGACCCUGGCAAUGUGUAGCAAUGGAUUUAUUGGGUCCAUUACCAAAUUACGAUUUUGCUUUUGUUAUCAUUGAUUAUUAUUCAAGAUACCAGGAGACUAAGUUUGUAAAAAAAAUUACAUCUUCCGAAAUAAUUGGUAUUUUGGAAGAAAUUUUCUGUAGAUUGGGAUAUCCUAAAUCUAUAAAAGCAGAUAAUGGUCGACAAUUUGUAAGCAGUGAAUUUAAGAGCUUUUGUGACAAGAACAACAUUGAUCUGAUAACAUCACCUCCUUACUGGCCACAGGCCAAUGGUGAAGUUGAAAAUAUGAAUAAAUCUAUUUUGAAGCAAAUAGCUCAUGGAAAAGGGGCGGAAUACAGAAAAGAAGUACAGAAAUUUACUCUUAUGUACAACGUGACACCACAUGGCACAACGGGUAAAUCGCCUUCAGAGCUACUUUUUAAUAGGACUAUUAGAGACAAAAUUCCCUCUGUACAAGAUGUAAGUGAAACUAUUUUUGAUUCAGAGGCUAGAGAUUCAGACAAGAUUAACAAACAAAAAGGAAAGGAGAGAGGAGAUAGAGUUUGUGGUGCAAAGGAAGCGGAUAUUUUCAUUGGCGAUAAAGUCUUACUUCGUAAUUUAAUUCCUCAAAAUAAACUUACAACAGCUUUCGAUUCAACUGAAUUCAAGGUGAUGGAACGGAAUCGAAACGAAGUAGUACUACAAGGAGAUGAUAGCAGAAUUUUUAGGCGAAAUUUAAACGAUGUGUAA